ACGCAUGCGCUCGCCGUUUGUGAACGCUUCACGCCGGUUCCGCUCCCUUGCACGGUCGUCUGCGGGACAAGGUUCAGUUGUUUAGCGAACACGUUAUAAAGCGCACCCCUCUCUAGAAACUUUGCCAAUAUGCGAAUUGCUGACGUGAUUAUCAAGAAACGUGAUGGACAAGAUUUGACCGACGAAGAGAUCAAAUUCUUCAUCAAAGAGCUGGUGGAUGGGCGACUGGAAGGCUCCCAACUAGGAGCCAUGCUGAUGGCAUGGUAUUUAAAAGGAAUGAACGCAAGGGAACUCUCUACGCUCACUAACACUAUGACGUUUUCAGGCGAAACGCUGUCCUGGCCGGAAGAGUGGAAACCGGUGUUGGUUGACAAACACAGUACUGGUGGCGUGGGAGAUAAAAUUUCGUUGAUCCUGGCACCCGCUUUGGCUGCUUGCGGAUUAAAAGUUCCAAUGGUUUCGGGACGAGGACUUGGUUUUACGGGUGGUACGCUAGAUAAACUUGAAACCAUUCCAGGAUUUAAAGUUGAUUUAACCCUUGAACAAAUGCAACAAUGCCUGGCUGAUUCCGGUUGUUGCAUUUGCGGUCAGACGGCCAAACUGGUACCUGCAGAUCGGAUCAUGUACGCCACUAGAGACAUUACCGGAACCGUUGACAACGCCAACUUUGUCACAGCGUCCAUCAUUUCCAAAAAGGCGGCUGAAAAUGUCAGAGCUCUAGUUCUCGAUGUCAAAGUUGGGAGGGCUUCGUUCUCUCCUACACUUGCCGAUGCUCGCCAUCUAGCCAAAAAUCUUGUUGGUGCGGCAAGAGACCAAGGAAUGUCGACCACAGCUGUGUUGACAUCAAUGGAUCAUCCCUUAGGAAUGAUGGUAGGGAACUCGCUGGAAGUGAUUGAGGCCAUAUCGGGUCUGAAAGGAAACGGACCAGAAGAUCUCAACGAGUUGGUGGCUAUUCAAGGAGCACUACUGUUGCAUUCCACGGGCAAGGCGACUAAUAUCGCCCAGGGACGGGAUUUAAUUCUUGAAACCUUGAAGAACGGAGCAGCGCUGAACCGGUUCGAGAAAAUGUUGAUCAAUCAAAAUGUUCAGCCGGGCGUGGCUUACGAACUUUGCCAUGGAAAUGUUGAAUCUGUUUUACCCAAAGAAAAAUUUUCUUCUCCGCUAGUAACUGCAGCUUCUGGCUACGUCGCUGAUCUUGAUGCUCUUGCCAUCGCUCAAGUUUGCGGCGCACUCGGUGCCGCUCGGGCCAGAGCUUCCGAUGUGAUUCUGCCAGCAGUUGGAGUUCAACUCAAUGUCAAGGUGGGGCAGGCCGUCCAUGAGGGUCAAGUUUGGGGAGAACUGAAACACGAAUGCGAAAACGUACCAAAGAACCUAUGGGAUAAACUACAAGAUGCCAUAAGCAUAAGCCCCCAACAACAAACAACUCAAGUCAGCCGAAUUCUUGAAAUCAUACAAUGAACUAAGGGUUGAAUAAUACUCUUCAAACAGCA